AUGACCAACCCCGACGCCGUCAGAGACAAAUUCUACGAGGACCUGCACGCCCUCUUGGCGACUGUGCCGAUGGCGGACAAGUUGGUUGUCCUUGGUGACUUCAACGCCCGCGUCGGCACAGACCAUACUGCCUGGAGAGGAGUGCUGGGUCCCCACGGUCUCCGCGGCUCAAACGACAAUGGUCUGCUGCUGCUCCGCACCUGCGCAGAACACCGCCUUAUCCUGACAAACACGUUCUUCUGUCUGCCGGAGCGAGAGAAGGCCACCUGGAGGCAUCCUCGGUCGCGUCAGUGGCACCUGCUGGACUUUGUCCUCGUCCGGAGGCGAGAUCAGCGGGACGUGCUGGUGACGAAGGCGAUCGCGGGUGCUGACGGGUGGACCGAACAGCGCCUCGUCAUCUCGAAGAUGCGUAUUCGCCUACAGCCUCGCAGGAGACCUCAAGGUAAGCGACCCUCAGGUAAGCUGAAUGUUACUUUGUUGUCUUUGCCUGCUCACCGUCUCCAUUUCAGCAAUGAGCUAGCUCAACGGCUAGACAACCUUCCUAUCGCUGCCGCCGCCGACGACGCCGCCGAGAACGCCUCCGUGGAUAACCGCUGGUGUCAACUGCGAGACACGGUCCAGGCGACGGCGCUCGCCGUCCUCGGUCGCGCUCCCCGCCAACACCAGGACUGGUUCGACGACAACGACGCCGCCAUCAGAAAUCUGCUUGCUGAGAAGAACCGCCUACACAAAGCCUACGUCGAUCACCCCACUGACGACAACAAAGCUGCUUUCUACCGCAGUCGCCGUCACCUCCAGCAGCGACUGCGCGAGAUGCAGGACGCCUGGACUGCUCGCAAAGCUGAGGAGAUCCAAGGCUAUGCGGACCGCAACGAAUGGAAGAACUUCUUCUCCGCGAUCAAAGCUGUCUACGGUCCGCCGACGAAGGGCACUGCUCCUCUCCUCAGCGCCGACGGCAGCACUCUCCUGACUGAGAAGACGCAAAUCCUUCAGCGAUGA